AUGCUGAUGCAACAGCAGCAGCAGCUCCAACAGCAGAGGCAGCAGUUGCUUAACCAGCAUCUUCAACAACAGCAACAACAACAGCUGCUGCAAGGAGGAGCGUCUACCAAUCCGCUUUUGGCUGCUUUGAACGGUAACCAGAACCCAUCCAUGGGCACGCCCGGAUCUGGUAAUGUGAAUGUCAACCAGAAGGUGAAUCCUCUCUUACAGAUGCAGUUACAGCAGUUGCAACAGCAACAACAACAACAGCAACAGCCACAGAGAAUGUUCUCUAACCAGCAACAUAUACAACAGCAGCCUCAGCAACAGCCUCAACUAUCACAGGGCCAGGCUCAGCAGCCCCAGCAGGUGCCUAUAAUCAAGGACGUGUGGAACUUCAACUUGGAGUACGAGUUCAACAACCUUCGUAACUUUAUUGAUGAUAAGACGUCGAAAGUGUUCAUUUCCAUCCACCAAGAGAUUCCUGGUAUCGUUGCCAGGCCGUUGGGCACGUUUAAACUGUCUGCCGACUACCAUUUCCAGUGCUUGAGAUCGAACCUGGACAUUUUGAACCUCAUCCAGUUGUCACUCUGUGCUGUUAAAAUGCAAGACGACAAGAUCAGUAACCUGGUCAUUUGGCAGUUUAACUUUGCCUACGACCUCACACAGGAGAUGUUCAACGAAGAGCACUUGUUCAUGUUGUCGCAGACGUCCCAGAUAAACUUCUCGAUGCACAUGAGCCAAGGCAUCUCUCACUUUGCAUUCGCCGAGCUUAUGAUCGAGAGCGGGCUCCUCUUAGAUCCAUCCAUCAACUGGUUGAGCUACCAUUCCGGCUACGACUUGGGCUUCUUGGUGUCUCUUUUGACCAACGAUAUCUUGCCUCAUGACGAGAAGGAGUUCUUCUGGUGGUGCACGAAAUACUUCCCUAACUUCUUCGACUUGAAGCACAUUGGUAAUCAGCUUUUGAGUGGUGGUGGUAAUGGCGGUGGAAAAGCUGGCGGUAACUCUAAUGCAAAUAACGAUAUUGGUGGACUCAGUAAUUCUACCUCGGCAGGUGCAGCUGGCGACAUCAAGAAGGGUCUUACAGGAAACAACAAACCCUCUGUCGAGUACCUUGCCGAAGAAUUGCAUCUUCUCCCUAUUUCACCACUCAUUCGUCAAUACUUUGCUUCUACCUCAGCUGGCCAGUUUGCCGGUCAUCAGCAUCAGCAAAUGACAUCCACACUCCAUGCAUACUUGUUAAUGGAGUGUUUCAAAGAGCUUUUCAGACAGUUAGGCGGAGACUUCUCCGUCUUUGAGAAGUACAAGGGCUAUCUCUUUGGCCUUGGAGACGCAAUCGAGGCCUCCCAAGAUGAUAAGUCUACGACAACAGCUAAACAGUGGUAG